CAUAACUCAACCCAAAAACCAUAGCACUGUAAGCCUACGCCACCGGUGCAAGGAGUGGCAUACUGCCGCCGUCGGUCGCACUCAAAGUUCGCCAUCCAUCCGUCUAUCUAGCUUCCCUCGUGCUCAAAGUCUUCAACUCCUGUUCGCUGUCACCAAUCGCAGCUGCUUCCUCCAGCUCGGCGUCCGUCGUCUUUGUCUGCUCAGCCGCGCUUCCGCCGCCGUUUGUUUGCCGUUCACGUUCGCGUCUUUGUUCAGCCGUCGUCUUCGUUCGCGUUGUUCUCCGUUCACGUUCGCUCGGCGUUCGCCGUUUGCGUUCACUCGCCGUUCACCGUUCGGGAUCGCAUUCGCGUUCGUCUGGAAGCCACGUUGCUCUGCUUCAAACUCUGCGACCAACCCGCGCACUCCACCUAGCCGUUGAACUGCUCUCUUUUUGUCGCCGCCGUGAGUUCCCUAAGCCCGCGACCAGACAAUACGCUCACACAACACCAAUACUCUGCUUCAAACUCUGCAACUUCUGAUUUCUAUUACAAUAAGAAAUUCUGAGGUAUAUAAGAAUUAAGAAGGAAGACUAUUUCAACGGGUACAUGAAAUUGGGAUUUAUGGAUCUCAACUUCUUGCUUUGCUGCUUCUGCCCCGUCAUUCGCCGAUUUUGAGCAGCACUUCGUGACGUCACUCUACAGCUCUGCUCUUGGCCCGUUGCUGCUUCGUAGACGUCUGUGGUGUGCCUCAUUUUUCUUUGGACCUGCAAGUUGCCGUGCAGACUAGAGAUGCUGCUUUGAUGAACUUGAAAUUGAUGUGAGCAUGUUGUCUCGGUUGUGGCCUCCCCAUAUUCACACAGCCUCCUUUCUCUUGCCUGAGCUUCCCCGGCCUCAUCAUUUUCUUCUGCUGUCGAGCAAUGCAUGUAGACGUACUCCUACUUUUCACUUUCGAUUAGAAAGGAGAAGACGACCAAGGCCAAGACGAGGCAGCAGCAUUUGUUGUUGUUGUGGUUCUGCCUCUGAGUGGGAACUUAAGGAAGCAGGUAUAGCCGUGUCAACUUUCCUUCAAGGAUUAGGGGUGUCAGAGGAGGAGUCCUUAUCCAUCGCAUUCAAGUCACCCUCUUACUCCAACAUGUUGGUGGAGAGUGUCAGGGAUUUGGACCAACACUCCAUGUGGAAUUCCGAUUCGGCCUCCUUGGGCUUCAGGGAAAAGCUUCUUCACAUUGCCUCCCUCAAAGGUGACAAUGGAAAACUCCCUUACUUUGAGAGUCUCGGCUUCACUCUUUCUUCAUCUAUCACCCUUGCUAGGUAUCUCUCCUCUCAGAACCUCCCAUCCCUCAUGCACAAGGUUGCAUCCAUCAAGGAUCACUUCUUUUCUCAUCAAGCUGAUCACCUCCUCAUCAACAACAUUCGUCGCAUGAUGCUCCACCUGUCCAUUCCAAUCGACGAUGAUCUACAGCAUACUCUCUCCUUCUUUGAGAAGCUUGAAGCCAGGCGUGGAGGCUUAAAUGUCUUGCUCUCUGACAAAGACACUGCCUUCCGCCAUUUGAUUGAUUCCUUUCCUCGUUUACUUUCACUCUCACUGGAUAACCACAUCGUUCCUAUUAUCGAUUUUCUCCACAAUAUUGGACUCCCCAGAGUUCACAUCACAACCAUAAUACUCUCUUUUCCGCCUAUUCUGUUCUGGAAUAUUCAACUCCUUAAAGCUAGACUCUUCGCCUUGAAACAGAUUCAUGUGGUGGAUAAAGAUUAUAUCAAGUUGUUGAUCAGAUAUCCUUGGGUUCUAUCUACAAGCAUUCAAGAGAACUAUGAGGAGGUUCAUGGAUUUUUUCUUUCUGAGAAGGUUAGAAAGAUAUGUAUUGACUCUGCAAUCAGAGGCCAACCAUACCUAUUGGGUUGUUCAACUGGCAAGCUGAAGUCGAUGCUGGAUCAGUUGGCUGAUCUUGGAGUUAAGGGAAAUAAGUUAGAUAGGGUUAUUGCUAGAAGCCCGCAGCUACUAUUGCGGAAGCCCAGAGAUUUUUUACAGGUUGUUCUGUUCUUUGAAAAUAUGGGCUUGGAUAGAGAAAUUGUUGGGAGAAUUCUUUCUCGCUGCCCAGAAAUUUUCGCUGCCAGCAUCAAUAAAACUCUUAAGAGGAAGAUUGAAUUCCUUUCUGGGGUUGGCGUUUCGGAAGCAUAUCUUCCUGGGGUAAUCAGAAAGUAUCCGGAAUUACUUGUAACAGACACUGAUAAAACCAUACUACAUCGGCUGAUGUACCUGAUGAAGUUAGGACUUUCGGAGAAAGAGAUUGGGUUUAUGGUGCGCACGUUUUCUCCGCUCUUCGGGUACAGUAUAGAGGAGGUUCUGAGGCCAAAAAUAGAAUUCUUAGUGAAGUCGAUGAAGAGGCCGGUACAAGAAGUUGUUGAUUACCCUAGGUAUUUUAGCUAUUCAUUAGAAAAGAAGAUAAAGCCAAGAUACUUUGUACUCAAGGGAAGGCAUAUUGAAUGUAGCUUAAAGGAUAUGCUGGGAAAAAAUGAUGAGGAAUUUGCUGCAGAAUUUAUGGGUGUGGGUCUUGGAGGGAUGCUUGACCCUCCUCUCUCUUCUGAGAAUGUGUUGUAAGUAUCAUACAUCCUUCCCUAGUAUUUUUUUGGGAAAUUCAUCUCAUCACAAAUAGAUUCUUUAAGGGGCAUAAAAUGUAUAUUCCACUAAUUUUCAAUUGCAUAAAAUAUCACAUUUGAGAUUUUUAGAAGCAAAAAGUCUUUAAGUUAGAAUAUCAAAAUUUGGUCGUCUUAUAUAAUAUCAUGUUUAAUUCAAUGAAAGCAAUAUAGGUAUAGAAUCCACUGCUACGGUGCUUAAGCAUUUGAUCAAAUAUAUUGGAAUUAAUAAUUUUUGCAA